GUCGUUAAUCAUCUAUCUAACAUGUGGCUUCAUGUAUUUAUACGAUAAGCGAGAAACCCUCACAGUAACUGACUUCAAUUCAGUAAUGUUCAUCCAUACAACCAACGUGACCAACCCGAUGAUGGUAGUUUGCAUUUUCUUGAACAGCGAACAUCUCCAUGCUAUGAUAUGUCAACUAGAAUCAGCAGCAUUCCAGCCACACAGUCAUAAGGAGUAUUUGUAUGUGUAUAAGUGGAAGAGCAGCGGGUACUUCAUUAAAAAAAUGUUCUAUGGGGUGAACGGUUUCCUAUGUACCUUUGGACCAAUACUAGCAAUGCUUCAGGGCAAGGCUGCUCCGUUAGCCACUUAUAUUCCUCCAUGGAUCCACUGGAGGGUGUAUUUUUGGUUUCAGUCCACUGUUUCAGUAUACAAUGCUACAAUGGCUUCCAUAUAUGUCUCGAUCCUUUGCACCCUGUUAAUAGAGGCCAUCAUACAAGUAGCAUGUUUGAAAGAACGACUCGAGUCUGUUGAGGACAGGAGGUGUUUGGAAGAAUGCAUUGAACAUUAUUCUCAGAUAACUGCGUUUACCAAGAGAAUACAUAACAUAUGCAAAAUUGGUCUGACUGUGGUGUUCGUCACUGGAGUACUAAACAUCUGUACGUCACUUUCGUUGAUACUUGAGGUGAAGUUUAUAGAGCUGGUGUUUAUGGUUCCGUAUCUCAGUGAGAUGAUAAUGAUCAUUUAUAUCCAUUGCUUUUAUGGAACUAUUUUAGCCAAUGAGGUGAGAAAAUACUAUCAUUUGUUAAGUCUACAAAUAGAUGAUUCACCAUUCACCAAAACCAGUAAACUGAACCUUGAGGUUUUACAAUUUGCAAUCAAAUAAGUGUUGAAUGUUGCACGUACCUUA